GUCUGCCGAGAGUUGGUGGAAUAUGGGACGUUCUGUCAAUGCGCGAGCGGUUUCUAGACUUUUUGAAAUAAAAUUUUUAAACUUUGGUUGUAUUAGGUCAUCGAAUAAUAAUUUUUAUUCAAACCUAUACCUUUACGAUUUUUAUUUUGUUACAAGAAAAUGACGAAAUUUUCCUGUAAAUUUUUUUUAGGUAAAAUAAAAAAAAGGAAGCGAUUAAUGUUUUGUUUUCGUGUUGAAUAACAUAUGUAUUCUCGCAAGAGAUUUGAAUAUUUUAUAUUUACUUUUUUCAAUUUUUAUUGGUCUUCAUGCUCGAUUAUGUUAAAUAGAACGUCAUCUUAUCAACUCAAAUCCACCUUUAAGAUCCAGCCCUAUCUUUUGAAGAUAUUAAUGUCUUCUUAUUUAUCCCAACCUUCACAUAUCCCUCAAGGCUAA